AUGACAGACGCUACGGUCGCGGCGGGAGUGACGGCGAUCGUCGACCCACUGCUUCGCGCCAUCGCUCUCGCCCCCGUCGACCCCGCGCACUACCCGCUACUGCAUCUCGCCACCCGCGCGAUUUCCGCUGCUGCAGCCCGUCGCCCGUCCCGUCGCGCUGUCGCCCGUCACCUGAUCCCCGCCACCCGUACGCACUCCGCUGCCCGUCGCCAGGUCCCCGCCCGCCCUCCCGUCGACUUCGCAACAGCUGUGAAGGGAGUGGCGGGAGUGGCGAGAGUGGUGGGAGUGGCGGGAGAAGCUGCUGCUACGCCAUUGCACUCGCCAGAUCGUCCACCGCCGUUCUGCCCCAGAUCCCGCCCCCCCCCUACCGACAACUGCCACCCCACCCCCAUCUCCGACCCCGUGUUGCCCUGUUCUGCCCGUGCUGCCCCGUUCUGCCCGUUUGUGCCCUAUCCGUGCUAUCCGUACCCGUUGGUGCCCCACCAGUGCUGUCAGUUCUCGCUCGCGCCCCACUCGGUCUGUGCUGCCCGGUCUCGUGCUGCCCGUCACCCCCGUGCAGCCCGUCCGUACAGCACCUAG